UUCGACUGGCUUGCUAGAGAGGCUUGUUUCCGCCCCGCUCCCGGGUGGUGGGCGGCCAUUUUAGGUGCGUGCAAUUAAGGGCUGUGGCUGGAUUGGUUCUGUGUCUGGGUUCGUCGGCUGCUUCCCACCUACCAGGGCUGGAUUCGGAGCCCUUCCCCGCGGGGCGGGACUUCGCAACGGCCGACUCCUUUCCAGGUGGAAGGGUAACCCCGCUGAAGAAACACCUAAGUUCUGGAAAUAGCGACUCAGUAUCAUGGCCGGCAGCCCUAAUGAAGAUCCAGAAGGAAGCAGAAUCACUUAUGUGAAAGGAGACCUUUUUGCAUGCCCCAAAACAGACUCUUUAGCCCACUGUAUCAGUGAGGAUUGUCGAAUGGGUGCUGGGAUAGCUGUCCUUUUCAAGAAGAAAUUUGGAGGGGUGCAGGAGCUGUUAAAUCAACAAAAGAAAUCUGGAGAAGUGGCUGUUCUGAAGAGAGAUGGGCGAUAUAUAUAUUACUUGAUUACAAAGAAAAGGGCUUCACAUAAGCCAACUUAUGAAAACUUACAGAAGAGUUUAGAGGCCAUGAAGUCCCACUGUCUGAAGAAUGGAGUCACCGACCUCUCUAUGCCCAGGAUUGGAUGUGGUCUUGAUCGUCUGCAAUGGGAAAACGUAUCUGCAAUGAUUGAGGAGGUGUUUGAAGCAACAGACAUCAGAAUUACUGUGUACACACUCUGAACAGACGGGCGCUUUGGAUGUGUCCACAUUCUCCUGUUUUAACCCCUACUGGACCAUAGCACUGGGUGAACUGGCCUAUUUAAGUCCUCGGUCA